AUGGCGACUCUGGUUGCUAUUUGUGGUGAUCUAGGGAGGAAAAAGUUAACGCAUUUCGUAAAGGCUGCUCUCUGCCUCCCAGAUCCUGGGACUCACGUGGUACUGUGGAGAAGUCGUUCACAAUACAAAUACACAAAACAGGUAGCCGGCAAUGAGGACCUGCCCGUUCUGGUGGAAGAUCCUUACAAGGAGCCUCUUAAAAAAAUUAUCUUGUGUGGAAAACGUAUAGAUUAUAAGAACACACAGCUUUUGUCCCAGUUUAUUUCUCCAUUUACUGGAUGCAUUUAUGGAAGGCACGUAACAGGUCUUUGUGGGAAGAAACAGAAAGAAAUCACAAAUGCAACUAAGAGAGUUCAAAUAAUGGGGUUUAUGCCAGUUACAUACAAGGAUCCUGCAUAUCUCAAAGACCCUAAAGUUUGUAACAUCAAGUAUCGGGAAUAAAUUAUAGGAGUCUU